GGAUGUUGUGUCAAAUCUGGCAACUCAGCGGCCGGACCGAUGCGGGGAUGAGCCGCGGUUAAUGGCUGACUGAGAGUUAUGGAUUAGCGCACGUCCGCCUCCAUUAAAUGAUACACGACGUGUCCGCGUGUGCGAUUCUGAUGUGGGCAUUUCUACUGCUUAGUUGAUCCCGAAAACUGCACUCGGAAGACACAAGGUUACAAAAGGGUGGCAGCAGGUCCUCACCAUGUCCAAGAGUAAGAGUUCCGAGACGGUGAAGGUGGUGGUUCGGUGUCGCCCCAUGAAUGAAAAAGAGCGACAUGCCAAGUUUGGAAAAGUGGUUUCUGUCGAUGUGAAACUGGGCCAAAUUAUGGUCAGGAACCCACGGGAAGCUUCGGCUAAUGAACUCCCAAAAGUCUUCACCUUUGAUUCAGUCUAUGACUGCAACUCUAAACAAAUAGAUCUGUAUGAUGAAACUUUCAGGCCCUUGGUGGACUCGGUUCUUCUUGGAUUCAAUGGGACCAUCUUUGCCUAUGGUCAGACGGGAACCGGGAAGACAUACACUAUGGAGGGGGUGAGAAACGAUCCCGAGAGGAGAGGCGUGAUCCCUAACUCCUUUGAGCACAUCUUUACACACAUUUCACGAUCGCAGAAUCAGCAGUACCUGGUGAGGGCAUCAUAUCUUGAAAUUUACCAAGAGGAGAUCAAAGACUUGUUGUCCAAGGACCAGGCCCGUCGUCUUGAGCUGAGGGAGAGGCCUGACACAGGAGUGUAUGUUAAAGACCUUUCAUCAUUUGUCACCAAGAGCGUGUGGGAGAUCGAGCAUGUCAUGAAGGUGGGCAACCAGAAUCGUUCUGUGGGUGCCACUAACAUGAACGAGCACAGCUCCAGAUCUCAUGCCAUAUUUGUCAUCACUGUUGAGUGCAGUGAGUUGGGUGUGGAUGGGGAGAACCAUAUCAGAGUUGGCAAACUGAAUCUGGUAGAUUUAGCCGGCAGUGAAAGGCAGGCAAAGACUGGUGCUCAGGGCGAGAGGCUUAAAGAAGCCACAAAGAUCAACCUGUCGCUUUCUGCUCUGGGGAACGUCAUAUCAGCUCUCGUGGAUGGCAGGAGCAGCCACAUCCCAUACCGAGAUUCAAAACUUACCCGUCUGCUGCAGGACUCUCUGGGGGGCAAUGCCCGCACUGUCAUGGUAGCAAACAUUGGCCCAGCUUCCUACAACGUGGAGGAGACCUUGACAACGCUGCGCUACUCCAACAGGGCAAAGAACAUCAAGAACAAGCCGCGCAUCAAUGAGGACCCCAAGGAUGCUCUGCUGAGGGAGUUUCAGGAGGAGAUCGCCAGGCUCAAGGAACAGCUGGAGAAGCGAUCGGGAAAGAAAAAAAAGCGGAGGCAGAGGAGGAGAGGGGGGGAAGGCAGCGAUGGUGAGGAUCUGGAAGACGGAGAGACGGAGGACGAUGAGGAAGAUGGAGAAGACAAGGGAGAUUACUGGCGGGAACAGCAGGAGAAGCUGGAGAGAGAGAGAAAGGCCAUCAUGGAGGAUCACAGUCUGGUGGCUGAGGACAAGAUUCGGCUUCUUAAGGAGAAGGAAAAGAAAAUGGAGGACUUGAAGAGGGAGAAGGAGGCCGGAGAGAUGCUUGCAGCCAAAGUGAAGGCAAUGGAGAGUAAGCUUCUAGUCGGUGGGAAGAACAUCGUGGAUCACACCAAUGAGCAACAGAAAAUGCUGGAGCUGAAGAGGCAGGAAAUUGCCGAACAGAAACGACGAGAGCGAGAGAUGCAACAGCAGAUGGACUGUCGUGACGAGGAGACUCUGGAGCUGAAGGAGACCUACAGCUCCUUACAGCAGGAGGUGGACAUCAAGACCAAGAAGCUGAAAAAGCUAUUUGCCAAGCUGCAGGCAGUGAAGGCAGAAAACCAAGACAUCCACGAGGCUCACAUCAAAGAACGCCAGGAGCUGGAACAGACCCAGAACGAGCUCACCAGGGAACUCAAACUCAAACAUUUGAUCAUCGAGAACUUUAUUCCCUUAGAGGAGAAGAACAAAAUAGUCAACAGAGCUUACAUCGACGAGGAAGAUGAGCACUGGAAAAUGAAACCCAUCACGCGUCUAGAGGAUGAACACCAGAUGAUGACCAGGCCUCUGUCUGCAGUGGGCUACAGGAGGCCCCUGUGUCACCACGCUCACGUGGCCAUGAUGAUGAAGUCGGACAUUAGAUACAAAGCUGAAAACGUCCUGAUCCUGGACAUGGACCUGCCAACACGGACCACUAAAGACUAUCAGGAGCCAGUUAUUGCCCCAAAGGUGGCUGCAGCUCUGGAGGACGCUCUCAGGGAUGAAGAUGAGCUCCAGGUUGACGCCACAGGCUUCCGUGGCGGUUUGGGACCAACUCCGCCCUCCAGUGCCGGCCUCAAGAAACCAAAGUCUGGUCGACCAAGAACUGGCAAGAAGUCGAGCACCCCGACGUCCCCCUUCAGCCCGUCCAGUCCAGGGUCUCCUCUGUAUCCACAGUCCCGUGGCCUGGUGCACAAGUGACAGCUCAACUGUCACCACCACCGACCUCUCCUGCCCUGCACACCUUUCCACUUUGGCACUCGACUUUGAGAGAAAGGGUUUGGUUUUUUGGUCAAAGUUGUGUUUCAGUUUUGUGGUCUGUUCAGACUACAGAGUCCUGGAUUCUGCAAACAAAAAAUAGAGAGAACUUUAAUACUAAUGCUGCUUUGUAGGUUAAACUGUAACCACACCACUAUUAGCUGUUGUCACAAGCUUCUCAUUUGGAGAUUUGAAACCUCCUCAGUACAACAGCAAGGACGGCAGCCACGCAUGAAGCCUCGCACACUCUGCACGGCUCUGACCUUUCACUUCACGCGGCGGAAGACGGCGACAAUGUCUUAAAUUUCACACACACACACACACACACUCACUCAGUUUCACAGUGUUUUUAGUGUAAAGUAACAGAAUGAUGGUGAUGGACGGCAGUUUCUUCCGUGCACUUCUUCUUCUUCUUCAUAUCUUCCAGGUGUGUGUGUGUGUGU